AUGAAGGCCACUCUUGUUCUUACCACCCUCCUUGGUGCCGCCAUCGCCAACCCGGUCGCCAUCGCCAACAUCGAGGGCACCAACAAGGAGAAGCGCGAUGCACAACUCGAGGCUCGCAUCCUGCCCGGUCUUACCACGAUUCCCCUCACCAGCCUCCCUGGCUUGGGCAGUCUGCAGGGCAUCAACCUUCCUGGCCUCCCCAUCGGCGCCGUCAACCCCCAGACCAUCAUCCCCGUCUUGACCUUGCUUCUCCAGGGAAUUCUCGGUUCCAUUCUCAACAUCCGCCAGGCUAUUCCCGCCAUCGGCAGCAGUCCCAGUCUGCCUGCGAUCCCUUCCUUCCCCAGCGUUCCCUCUCCCACCCUCGACACCAACAUUAAUAUUAAUCAGCUCGAGGGCCUCGUCGGCGCCAUCAACAUUCAGCUUCUGAACCUCACCACCAUCGGCCAGAAGCUUCCCGCUGGCCUCAGCCUGACCCAGCUCCGGCAGAUCCAGACCAUCUUCACCUUCACCCAGGCCCAGAUCACUCCUUUGAUUCCCGCGCUCCAGAGCCUCAACAGCCUUCCCAAUGGCACCCCUAUCCCUAGCACUGGUAUCCCCGGCCUCGGAGGUCUUUCUAGCGUCACCACCCUUCUCGCCCCCGUCCUCGCCAUCGUCAGCGGACUCGUCGGCCCUCUUCUCGGCGGUCUCCUGGGCGGUCUCCUGGGCGGUGGCAGUGGUGGCACUGGCAACAUCCUCGGCAACCUUCUCAGUGGCGGUCGCUCUUAA